UGGGAACGAUACUCUGGGAAUUCUGGGAGCUGUAGUCAAGAAGCCCACCGGCUCUUCCGGACAACCCGUUGCAACAGGAGGAGGAAAAACUACAACUUCCAGCAUUCCUCGCGGCCUCUUUCUUGCCUUGUAUUCGGCGCUCUCGCUCCUCCCUCCGACUAUCCUCUUCUGCCCCUUUUCUAUGCCGCAGAGCUUGAUUAGAAAGGCUGGUCCGGCGGCGGAAGAGCCUGGCGUUGUCCUGAGAGGGAGGGCUCGGUUGGAAGAGAUGAAUCGAACAAAGGGAGAUGAAGAAGAGUAUUGGAACAGCUCCAAGUUCAAGGCUUUCACCUUUGAUGACGAAGAUGAUGAACUCUCACAGUUGAAGGAAUCCAAGCGGGCAGUGAACAGUCUUCGAGACUUUGUGGAUGACGAUGAUGACGACGACCUGGAGAGAGUCAGCUGGAGUGGGGAACCUGUGGGCAGUAUCUCAUGGUCUAUCAAAGAGACUGCUGGUAACAGCGUGUCAAACCAUGAGGGACGUGAACAACUAAAGAGCCGAAACAGCUUCUCCUAUGCACAACUACCCAAGCCUCCUUCUACUUAUUCCCUGAGCAGCUUUUUCAAAGGGAAAACUAGACCUGGAAGUUUCCAGUCUCUUUCUGAUGCUCUGUCAGACACACCUUCCAAAAGCUAUGCUCCAGAGCUGGGUCGACCCAAGGGGGAGUAUAGGGAUUACAGUAAUGACUGGAGCCCCAGUGACACAGUGCGACGCCUCCGGAAGGGCAAGAUCUGUUCACUGGAAAGAUUCCGCUCAUUACAGGAUAAACUACAGCUUCUAGAUGAAGCAGUAAGCGUGCACGACGGAAACGUCAUUACUGCAAUUCUCAUCUUCCUGAAGAGGACGCUGAGCAAAGAGAUCCUCUUCCGGGAGCUGGAGGUGCGACAGGUUGCCCUGAGACAUCUCAUUCACUUCCUUAAGGAAAUAGGGGAUCAAAAGUUGCUUUUAGACCUCUUCAGGUUCCUAGAUAGAACAGAAGAGCUUGCGGUAAGUGUGGCCUUUGUUUCACUGGGUUUGCUUUGUUUGAGUAGAGAAGUAAUAACCUUUUGGCCCUCUACCAGUUUGCCAUUUUCAGCAGAGGAUUGUGCACACAUACAAGACCAUUACACGCUCCUGGAACGUCAGAUCAUUAUUGAGGCAAAUGACCGUCAUUUGGAGUCAGCGGGACAGACUGAGAUCUUCCGGAAGUAUCCCCGUAAAGCUUCCAUCCUCAACAUGCCACUCGUGACAACACUUUUCUACUCCUGCUUCUACCACUACACAGAGGCUGAGGGGACAUUCAGCAGUCCAGUCAACUUGAAGAAAACAUUUAAGAUCCCAGACAAACAGUAUGUGCUGACAGCGCUGGCUGCGCGGGCUAAGCUUCGUGCCUGGCAUGAUGUCGAUGCCCUCUUCACCACAAAGAACUGGCUGGGCUACACCAAGAAGAGAGCGCCCAUUGGCUUCCAUCGCGUUGUGGAAAUUUUGCACAAGAAUAGUGCCCCUGUCCAGGUAUUACAGGAAUACGUUAAUCUGGUGGAAGAUGUGGACACAAAGCUGAACUUAGCUACCAAGUUCAAGUGCCAUGAUGUUGUCAUUGAUACCUGCCGGGACCUGAAGGAUCGUCAGCAGUUGCUGGCAUACAGGAGUAAGGUGGAUAAAGGGUCUCCAGAGGAGGAGAAGAUCGAUGCCAUUCUCAACAGCACGCAAAUUCGAUGGAAGAAUUAAGUGGCAUUAGCUACCCUGAAACCUGCCUCAUCUCUUCCUUUCCUGCCUGUGUGUGAGAGAGAGCUCUUUUGGGGAGUCCCAGCAUCACACCACUGAGGCCGGUCACAGCCGGAGUGCCGCUGCUCGUGGCACAGAAACCAGUGCUUGGGCACAGACAGCUUCAGACUGAUCUCCCCAAGAGCCCUCAUCUUCAGGCCAAGGUGCCUCAUGAGAAAGAUUCUGUCCACCUGGUGCUCAUGAGAAGGUGGGAGUGAUUUCUAGCUUGGGCCCACACCGGGCAAGGUCGCUCUUGGUUGGAAAAGUGACUGCUUCAGCAACGAAGUCUCCCAGACUCAGAGGUGUCAUAGGGAGGCCGCUCCAUGCUUCUCAGUUAAUGAUGGCCCUGGACUUGGUGCUGGACACCGGCAGUUCUGCUCUGAAGGAAGUCAGAACAGAACCCAAAGAGGUCUUGGAAAGGAUGCCAGUGUGGCCGGACCUGCAGCAGGCCUCCUCACCCCAGACUGCACGGAGCCCUCCCUGUCACGGCAGAGGUUGCCCAGAUGUUGUGUUUCUCAGUCAGUACCCCUCUGCUGUCCAGUCUGCUGUCUGUCCAGAAACCUGUGGCUCGUCCCUUACCUGCACAUCGAGAUGGCUUGUGUGGGUGACGAGAACAUGCCCUUUACCUUUCCUUCUCCUCCCACCUGAUCAUUAUCGUAUGUGGAGCUCAGAUUGAGCAGUGCUGGAGAGCUCUCCCUUUAUGCACAAAUCUUUUUAUUUUACUAGGCCCUUCCAGAGUUUCCCCAGGACAACGCUCAGCAGCAUUUCUGACUGGUGGGACUAAGAUGCAGAUUUUAGCUUCACAUUUGGUUUCCAAGAGGAUAUUCUGUAAUGUUGGAUUUCUGCCCUGCACCAGUGUUAGCCUCUCUUCUCUGUGACUGGUUUCCUAGACAUGCCUGGACUUCUAAUAAAGCUGUUUCUUUCUUGGUGC